CGUGCGUGCGUGUGUAAGGGUCGAUCAGUACGAAAUCUGCCGGCCAAGACUCACAUCAAUUAAGGAGUAUGGGGAACGCCGCCGCCAAAGAAGCCGCCGCCCAUCCGCCGCCAGCGCCGGCCAAAGAGUCGCCGACGCAGCAGCAGAAGGAGCCGUCGUUCCGCGUGCUUUCGGCCGAUCAGCGCGCCAUCACCUUCGACGAGCGUGUGCACCUGCGCGCCGGCGCCGAGGCGCGCGCUGACCGCGUGACGCUCGGCGCCAUGUCGGACUUCCGGCCGCUGCAGCGCGCCGCCACGUACGAUCCUCGUCUGCGCGCGCAGAAGCAGCUACUGACGGCGUCCGACGUGAUGCACCGACGCUUCUUCAACGCACGCGAGCGGCGCGUGAGUACGAGUGCCGACCGCAACCUGUUCCGCAUCGCCGAGGGCGACAAGGAACGGCAGGAGGCCAUUGUGGUCGUAGACCCGUACUCGACGGGUAUGACUAUGGCCGAGAAGGUCCUGGAGCGUGGAUAUCUGUGCGUCUGCGUGUACUCGGACACGCUCGAGGUGACGCAGGAGCGUAUCUCGCACGUCCCCAAGGAAUUGGCCUCCAAGUUCUUGGCCAUCAUCUACCACGACGGAGAAGUGGAGCGCAAGGACGAGAAGAAGGCGCUACAGGACACGGCGGCCGCACUGCGUCGCGUCAAGAGCGUGGACAUCGUCGGGAUCUUCGCCGGCGCCGAGACGGGCGUGCUGCUGGCCGACAAGCUGUCGGAGCACUUCAAGCUCACUACGAACGGCACGAGCGGCUCGAACGCGCGUCGCAACAAGUACGUCAUGGGCGAGAAGGUGCGCGCCUCUGGUCUGCGUGCUGUGGCUCAGGUUCAAGCCACCAAGUGGUCGCAGGUCGAGAGUUUCGUCAAGAAGGAGCUGAUCCCCAUGCUCAAAGGUGGAGACUUCAAGGUGAUCGUCAAGCCUGUGGAAAGCGCCGGUAGUGACGACGUGAUGCUGUGCCACUCGAUGGAGGAAGUACGUACGGCCUUUGGUAAUAUCCAGGGCAAGAUCAACGGACUGGGACUGGAGAACCAGGCCACGUUGGUGCAGGAAUAUCUGGAUGGUACCGAAUACGUCGUGGAUACAGUCAGUCGCAAUGGUGUGACCAAAGUGGUGGCUGUGUGGGAGUACGACAAGCGCGCAGUGAAUGACGCGCCGUUCGUGUACUAUGGCGUUCUACUGCGUGCAGCUCCGGACGGCUCCGUGCUGGCCAAAGUUUGUGAGUACGUGCUGAAGGUGGUGAAGGCUCUGGAGAUCGUACAUGGUCCUGCACAUGCAGAAGUGAAGGUCGUGAGGGGAGAACCGUGUCUAGUGGAGAUCGGAGCUCGCUGUCAUGGUGGAUCUGGCUCGUAUCUACCCAUAGUGACGCCCUGUCUGGGCUACAACCACGUGGACGCUGCAUUGGACUCGUAUCUGGAUGCUGAAGCGUUUGAACGUCUACCAGAACGUCCGAAGGAGCUCAAGUCACACGGCUGUGAAGCUAUGUUGGUGUCGUACGAGAGCGGGAAGCUCGCGGGUUAUCCAGGCCAACAGGAGAUUGAAAAGCUGUCGUCCACUGUAUCUACAGUGUGGUAUACGCAUGUCGGAGAAGAGUUGAAGACCACCGUCGACAUGUUCUCGACUCCAGGCAGUGUUAUCCUGGUCCACGAAGAUGAAGAGCAACUGAAUCGCGACUAUGCACGCAUUCGUGAACUGGAAUACAAGGAACUUUACGAACUUGAGCCUGAAAAAGAAGCUGAGACGAAGACGAAGACAUCUUGCGGCACUGUAGUGGUGGUGGACCCUUUCUCGACUGGAGCUGUGCUGGCUCACGAGCUUAUGGUCAGAGGCUACGACUGCAUCUGCGUGUACAGUGACCGUCUCGAGAAUAUCGAGAGUGUGGCGAGUCUGGUGCCCGAAGGUCUUACGCUGGAGUUCGCGGCUACUGCUGCGUUUGAAGGGAAUCUGGACCAGACUGUGAGUGCCAUUCGCAGAGCUGCAAAGCAGGUGGCAGACAAGCACAACAAGAAGAAACAGGGAGCGAAGGCCAGUGCAGCAGUGUGUGCCGUGUUUGCUGGCGCAGAACUUGGAGUCAAACUCGCUGAUGCUCUCAUCGAUGUGCUAGGACUGGAAGGAAACGUCUUGGAGCACUCAAACGCUCGACGUGACAAGUAUCUGAUGGGCGAAACGCUGCGCUUGGCUGGUGUGCGUGCUGUGAAGCAGGUGAAGGCAAAGACGUGGGCUGAAGCUGAGGCUUUUAUCACGCAGGAUCUCAAACCAGAACCUUUCGAGGUGGUGCUCAAGCCGCUGGAGAGUGCAGGCACUGAGGACGUCGUUCUGUGUCUAUCGAUAGAGGAGGCCAAACGCACGUUCGACGGCAUCCUCGGCAAGAUAAACGGUCUUGGAAUUCAGAAUGACGCCGUGUUGCUACAGGAAUAUCUGGAAGGUGACGAGUAUGUGGUGGAUACUGUCAGUCGCAACGGAGAGCACAAAGUGGCGGCGAUCUGGAAGUACGACAAGCGCCGUGUGAACAAUGCUGCUUUUGUGUACUUCGGACUGUCCAUGGUGCCUGCUGAGGGUAUCAUCAACGAGAUGAUCGACUACCAGUUCCGAGUUCUCGACGCUCUGGGAAUUCGCAAUGGACCGGCACAUGGAGAGGUGAAGUUCUGCCACGGAUCGCCCGUACUGAUCGAGGUUGGCUCGCGUUGUCAUGGCGGGGAAGGAGCGUGGGUUCCGAUUGCCAACAUUUGCGUGGGCUACAACCAAGUGACUGCAGCUGUCGACAGUAUUUUGGACGGUGAGGCCUUUGCCAAGCUCACCGACCGACCAAGGAAGCUACUGGCGUACGGCUGUGAGGCUAUGCUGGUGUCGUACAAGAACGGCGUCUUGAAGAGCACACCAGGCAUCGCGGAAAUCGAAAAGAUGCCAGCCUUCCUCAAGAAGGAGAUUUUCGUGGCGCCAGGGGACAAUAUGCGUCAGACGGUGGAUAUGUUCACGACACCGGGCAGCAUCAUGCUCACGCACAAGGACCGCAACGUGCUAGAGGGAAGCCUUGCACGUAUUCGUGAGCUGGAGGUUGAAGGAUUGUUCGAGGUGGAGUAGAAUGGUAGAUGAACGAGAGCAACGUCAUGCAAGAUGCACAUGCAGACACGUGGUAGUGGUGGUGUGCGUCUCUUUUUAAUGGAUUUCUUUGAUAUUAUCUAAUCCAUUCGUAAGUUGGUGCUUGGGAUAGUUGGGGGUACCCGUGCAGGUAUACUGAAGCUGAAUCAGCUUAGCUGAUUGAGAUCUUUAAUUGGAGUUUUUUAUUCGCGAUCCCGAAAAAUCAUUUAACCAAUCAUCAACCUCGGAUCAUCAAUCAUAUGACGUGUGUUACCACACCAAAUUGAG